UUUACUCAUUCUUUAUAAACACAAUUUAAAAACAUCUAUGGUUAUUUAAACGGUAGAUGAAGUAACUCUUGUGUAGAAAGAACUCUCAGCUUGGUACGUCGUAAUUACGAAAGAAUUUAGAUUUUCCAAGAAGAAAAAUGGUUUAUAGAUGCCUUAUGUGUGAUGUGAUUUUUCAUGAUAAAUAUAUAUACCGUUCUCAUCAAUUAAAUCAUUCAAUGGACAAACACCGGUGCAAAGUCUGCCGACAGGGAUUUGUAACUGAAAAAGCUUUACUAGAACACAUGAAUGGCAUCCACCUAGAAGCGAAACCUUAUGUGUGUGGAGAAUGCUCUAAAGGUUUGAAAACUAAAAAAUCUUUUCUUGUUCAUCUAAAAAUGCAUGAAAGGAAACCGUGUAAAUGUACAGCUUGUUUUGCAGAUUUUACAACUGAAGAAAAACUAUUGCAGCACAACAACGACCACGAGAUUUUUACAACCCCUACUCAACCCUUGCAGGAACUAUCUAUUCAAACUGGUUCUUCUGGUCAAAACGUGCAACAACCAUGGGUGGAAGCGGGUUCUUCAACUCGAAUCGUGCAGGAAACAUUGAUGCGAGAAAGUUUUUUCUACUCGAAACGUGCAAGAACCAUGGAUGCACGCAGGUUUUUCAACUCUAAACGUUCAGGAGCCGUCGAUGCAAGCGAGUUUUUCUACUCGAAACGUGCAAGAACCAUCGAUGCAAGAGGAACCUUCAACUCGAAACGUGCAGUAUCCGUCGAUGCAAGCAGGAUGUUUUUCAAUCGUACGCAUUUCUGUUGUUUAUCCUGUAUUGUUCCGCCGAUAUGUAAAUCGCUAAGAAAAAAGUAUAGACAAAUGUUAGGAUAAUCGGUACUUAUGCUCUACUUGUUAAAUGUAACGAGUAAUUUUUUUUUUACAUUUUAAUGUAGUUUGGAAAUUUUUUCCUGUAAUUUUAAUGAAUUUUUCUGUUACCUUUGCUGAUAAAUUUCUGUAAAAUGCUGUUAA